GCCCCGCCCACCGCGCGGGCACGCGCUCCAUCCAGAGACCUGGUAUCCGCGUCUUUACGCACAUUAUCCCAGUUACGUGCUGGCGUCACGGAAGAGCGGAAGCGUGCGUGGAUGGAUUCUCCCGCCUGACACUCGGUGUGAAUGUUUCCAUGUGAAAUUGCAACAGCACUGCCGACACGUGGAGUUGACCAAACAGCGACAGAGCGCAGAAGAUGUCUGACAUGGUAACGGAAGCUAAUCAGGAAAUCUCUCACCCAGAAGCUUCAUUAGUAUCAGAUGCUGAGACAGUUCCCACUGUAACUGAUGCUCCAGAUCUUCCAGACAAGAGCAAUGUGGCAAACUCUGUUCAGGAGCCCAUUGAUGAGAAACAGCUCAGCACAAAUGGAGUUACUGCAGGUGCUGUGAGGCGUGUUUACGAUGAAAGUGAAGCAGCUCUUGACCUCAGUGACGAAGGCUGCCAUGCUGGGGAGUACGGAGCAACCAACAGCAGCAGCUGCCUGGUGGAGAAUGAAGACUUAAAUGGUGAUCACUUCAGCAGCCAGCCAUCAACAGCCGAUGGUAUUAGAGCAUCUAAUGGAAAACUGACAUGUGAUAUCUGUGGACUGUCAUGUGUUGGGCCAAAUGUCCUCAUGGUACACAAGCGAAGCCACACUGGUGAACGUCCAUUUCACUGUAAUCAGUGUGGAGCAUCCUUUACACAGAGAGGAAAUCUCCUGCGCCACGUAAAACUUCACUCUGGUGAAAAACCGUUCAAAUGUCACCUUUGUAAUUAUGCCUGUCGACGCAGAGAUGCUUUGUCAGGUCACCUGCGCACACAUUCCAUUGACAAACCAUACAAGUGUAGCUUCUGUGGGCGCAGUUAUAAACAGUGCAGCUCCCUGGAAGAGCAUAAGGAUCGUUGCCACAGUUACCUGCAGGGCAUGGGUCUCUGCACGCCAGCAGAGACAGAAGAAAUUCAUCAUCGCAAUCUAAAAGCAGAGAUGGGAUCUGAGAGAGCUCUGGUGCUGGAUAGACUUGCAAGCAAUGUCGCCAAGCGGAAAAGCUCAAUGCCUCAAAAAUUCAUCGGUGAGAAGCAGUUCUGCCUGGGCUAUCAAGACCUGCAAUACACCUCAGCUCCAUCUUAUGAGAAGGAGGGUGAAAUGAUGCAGGCACGUUUCAUGGACCAAGCUAUCAACAAUGCCAUUUCUUACUUGGGGGCAGAGUCGUUACGGCCCCUUGUCCAGACCCCUCCUGCUCCCACUGCAGAGAUGGUAUCUGUGAUCAGCAGCCUUUACCCACUGUCUCUCACACGCUCUGACACCUCUAAUGGUCACCCAAGGGUAGCAGCCACAGAAAACAGUGGGUCGCAGGUGAAAGCAAAGUUGGAGAGAGGAGGCUCGCCUAGCAACAGCUGCCAGGACUCCACGGACACAGAGAGCAACCACGAGGGGCAGGCUUACCUGCAGCACCACAUGAUGGCGCCUCGCUUCAGAAAUGGCCUGGCUGCAGCCAAGGAGAAUCCAAAACCAUUCGACAUGGUGAAGGCAGCCAAGGGGCCAGGCCGUGAGAUGCUCAAGGUGAUGACCAACGAGGGCGAGCAAGUCAGGGUCUACAAGUGUGACCAUUGCCGAGUGCUGUACCUGGAUUACGUUAUGUUCACUAUACACAUGGGUUGCCAUGGUUUCCGUGAUCCGUUUGAAUGUAAUGUAUGUGGCUAUCGUAGCCGUGACAGAUACGAGUUCUCCUCACAUAUAGCAAGAGGGGAACAUGGUUACUGCAGAAAAUAAGCUGCACACAUCAAAUUCCAUCCAGGGACAAAAAAAUAUUUUUAGAACUCAAGCUUAGCUUUUAUACUUAAUGCUCCGUUUCAGUGCCUUAGAGAGGCUUGGUACUGCGACACAGGGCAAUGCAAUAACCUGGAUAACUUGGCAGCAUUACCUGACAGCAGGAAAGAACUCAGCGUGUAACAUUUGAGCAACUCGGAAUGACUGUACCAAGCUGCACAUUGUCCUCUAGGCACAGACAUUGUACCCAGUUUCUUCCAAAAUUACUAUCAAGUAACCAGCUUCAACAUUUGAUCUUCAAUGUUCUGUACUCUGUGAAGUUAUGGCGAAGAUCUUCUCUCAGGCUUCCUUGCGUGUUGGGGGACUGAAGGCUCUCACCGUUAAUAUCACGAGCAGCGGACAUCAUGUUCCCAGUCUACAACAGAUGUCCUUCUGUGAGUGGAGCGCUGACACUCACACAGUCAGACAAUCUCUUGGACAUACCUCCACUGCACCAGUUCUUGUUCAUUUGCUCUUCAGAAAGACUAAUUUCCUUCAUGAAACCUGUACCUCAAUUGCUGUUCUUACAAAUUGUUUUAAUUCUGUUUCUGAAAUCUAAACUAGACUAAAACUUCAGGGUAUUCCAUAGUUCAGAACUCAUGUUUAGUUUAGAGAUGUAACAUGGAAGCAGGCCAUUUGGCCCAUUGAGUCUGGGCUGACCAUUCAUCACCCAUUCAUACCAAUUCUAUUUUAGCCCACUUUCAUGUCCAAUUCCAACAAAUUAGAGGCAAUUUACAGAGGCUAAUAAGUUUGGUUUAUUAUUGUCACAUGUAUCCAGGUACAGUGAAAAGUAUUUUUGUUGCGUGCUCUCCAGUCAGCAGAAAGACUAUACAUGAUUAUAGUCAAGCUGUCUACAGUAUACAGAUGAGGAGAAAGAGAAUAGCAUAUAGUGCAAGGUAAAGUCCAGUAAGUCCAAUUAAAGAUAGCCCGAGGGUCUCUAAUGUAGGUAGGUCAGGACCGCUCGCUAGUUGGUGAGAGGACUGUUCAGUUGCCUGAUAACAGCUGGGAAGAAACUGUCCCUGAAUCUAGAAGUGUGCAUUUUCACACUUCUGUACCUCUUGCCCGAUAGGAGAGGGGAGAAGAGGGAGUGGCCGAGGUGAGACUCGUCCUUGAUGAUGCUGCUGGCCUUGCCGAGGCAGCGUGAGGUGUAGAUGGAGUCAAUGGAAGGGAGAUUGGUUUGUGUGAUGGUCUAGACUAUGUCAAUAGACAAUAGGUGCAGGAGUAGUCCAUUCGGCCCUUUGAGCCAGCACCGCCAUUCAUGACUGAUCAUCCACAAUCAGUACCCUGUGCCUGCCUUCUUCCCUUAUGCCUUGACUCCGCUAUCUUUAAUAGCUCUAUCUAACUCUCGCUUGAAAGCAUCCAGAGAAUUGGCCCCACUGCCUUUUGAGGCAGAGAAUUCCACAGAUUCACAACUCUGGGUGAAAAUGUCUUUCCUCAUCUCCAUUCUAAAUGGCCUAUCCUUUAUUCUUCAACUGUGGCCCCUGGUUCUGGACGCCCCCAACAUCGGGACGAUGUUUCCUGCCUCCAGCGUGUCCAAUCCCUUAACAAUCUUAUAUGUUUCAAUAAGACUCCCCACCACCGAUGUCAGGCUAAUUGGUCUAUAAUUCUCUGUUUUCUCUCUCCUGCAUUUCUUAAAAAGUGGGAUAACAUUAGCUACCUUCCAAUCCACAGGAACUGAUCCUGAGUCUAUAGAACAUUGGAAAAUUAUCACCAAUGCGUCCACGAUUUCCAAAGCCACUUCCUUAAGUACCCUGGGAUGCAGACCAUCAGGCCCUGGGGAUUUAUCGGCCUUCAGUCCCAGCAGUCUACCCAACACCAUUUCCUGCCUAAUGUGAAUUUCCUUCAGUUCCUCCGUCACCCUAGGUCCUCUGGCCACUACUGUAUCAGGAAGAUUGUUUGUGUCUUCCUUAGUGAAGACAGAUCCGAAGUACAUGUUCGACGUGUCUGCCAUUUCCUUGUUCCCCAUAAUACAUUCACCUGUUUCUGUCUUCAAGGGUCCAACUUUGGUCUCAACUCAUUUUUUCCUCUUCACUUACCUAAAGAAGCUUUUACUAUCCUCCUGUAUAUUCUUGGCUAGCUUACCCUCGUACCUCAUUAUUUCUCCCCGUAUUGCCUUUUUAGUUUUCUUCUGUUGCUCUUUAAACGUUACCCAAUCCUCUUGCUUCCCUCUCAUCUUUGCUGUGUUAUACUUCUUCUCUUUUAAUUUUAAACUGUCCCUUGUCAGCCACGGUCGACCCUUACUCCCCUUAGAAUCUUUCUACCUCUUUGGAAUGAACUGCUCCUGCACCUUCUGUAUUAUUCCCAGAAAUACCUGCCAUUGUUCCACUGUCAUCCCAGCUAAGGUAUCUUUCCAGUCAACUUUGGCCAGCUCCUCCCCCAACCCCUUUGUUCAACUGUAAUACUGACACUUCCGAUUUUCUCUUCUCCCUCUCAAAUUGUAGUUUAAAACUUAUCAUAUUAGGUCACUACCUCCUAAUGGCUCCUUUACCUUAAGUUCCCUUAUCAAAUCCGGUUCAUUACACAACACUAAAUCCAGAAUUGCCUUCUCCCUGGUAAGCUGUUCUAAGAAUCCACCUCGGAGGCACUCCACAAACUCCCUUUCUUGGGUCCAAUACCAACCUGAUUUUCCCAGUCGAACUGCAUGUUGAAACUUCCCAUAACAACCGUAGCAUUACCUUUACGAUAUGCCAAUUUUAACUCUUGAUUCAACUUGCACCCUAUAUCCAGGCUACUGUUUGGGGGCCUGUAGAUAACUCCCAUUUGUGUCUUUUUAUCCUUAAAAUUCCUCAGUUCUAUCCAUACUGAGUCUACAUCUCCAGAUUCUCCACAACUCUCUGCAAUUUCUUGAGGUCUUGGAUGAACCAUACUGUGAUAUAUCCCGAUAAAAUGCUUUCUAUACUUUCUGUAGAAGUUGGUGAGGGUUGUUGGGGACAUGCCGAAUUUCCUAAGGCUUCUUAGGAAGUAGAGGCAUUUGUUUCGAUAUGACUGGUGCAGAACAAAUUGCCGGUGAUAUUUACUCCUAAGAACUUAAACCUGCACAUCUUUGGGUUGUAGGAGGAAAGCGGAGCACCAGGAGGAAUCCCACAUGGUUACAGGGAGAACAUGUAAACUCCACAUAGACAGCACCUGAGGUUUAGAUUGAACCUGGGUCUGAGAUGAAAGGAUGGGUCAACUGGGCUUGUAUUCACUGGAAUUUAGAAGGAUGAGAGGGAUUCUUAUAGAAACAUAUACAUUUCUUAAAGGAUUGGACAGGCAAGAUGCAGGAAAAAUGUUCCUGAUGAUGGGGGAGUCCAGAACCAGGGGUCACAGUUUAAGAAUGAGGGGUAGGCCGUUUAAGUUAGAGAUGAGGAAAAACGUUUUCACCCAGAGAGUGGUGAAUCUGUGGAAUUCUCUGCCACAGAAGGCAGUGGAGGCCAAUUCACUGGAUGUGCAAGAGAAAGUUAGAUUUAGCUCUUAGGGCUAAAGGAAUCAAGGGAUAUGGGGAAAAAGGCAGGAACGGGGUACAUAUUUUAGAUAAUCAUAUUGAAUGGCGAUGCUGGCUCAAAGGGCCGAAUGGCCUACUCCACCUAUUUGUCUAUGUUUCUAUGUCUCGGGCACUGUGAGGCAGCAACUCUACCUGAUGUGCCAGUCUGCCACCCUUUGAUAAGAACUUCCUCCAACAAUUCAUGUCCUUAAACAAAGAGUGAUCUUAGUUACCUGUCACUGACCAGCGCUCCAGUUCAUGAGGAUGUCACUAGAUUGGUGAACAUGAGAAGUCGUGCAGUGCAGCAAUGGGCGAUGGCCUACAUUCCACAGACCGCACAUGUGCAGUGGAGCGACAUUUAGUCGUCGCUUCCACCGUCUACAAGGAGAAACAUCAACAGAGAAUGGUAGAAAAUUGCUGAUUACCUUUCAUAGUCCACCCUCCUGCCUCUGUAUAUAACUGCCACCUCUCUAUCACCAGCUGCCUUGAUAUUGUACAUGGACAAUCGACAUUAUUCAGGUUGUUUGCUGCACAGAUAUCACCUUAAUCCUAUUGUAUUCCUGCUCCCUGAUGUUUUAGCUGAAAUAUUUUAAGAAUAGCUGCAUGUAUUUUUUGUGAUUGGAUUAAUCAUAGAGCUCAUUAGUAUUUACUUAGACAAUUGACAUUAGACAAGCCUUCUUGCAGCAAUGUAUCCAACAGUGGAGUUCAGAAUUCCUGAAAUAUCUCUGGGGAUAUUUUCUUGAACAGAUAUGGCCUGAUGUCACUUUUUGCAUUCCCUCCAAAGGGAACACUCGAACAAUGGAAUUAUUUGUUUCCAUUUCUGAUUUACAGCAUUAUAAUGUUUACAGAGUAUUGUUGACAUAUGCUAACAAGAUUUUAGAUAACAUAUCUAUAUGUUUCAGCGAAGAAGGAAAUGUUAAAGGGCACCCUGUCAAAGUACUUUUAUUUCCCAGUUCAAUAUAAGCAAGUUAAAAACUCAAUUAAAUUAAACUCUUUCUAACUCUGGGGUUAUAUGAAAAAUCACUCAUACUGUUAGAAUCAGGAAGAGGCCAUUCAGCCCAUCGCACCUUCUCUGCCAUUCAGUGAAAUCAUAGUCAACCUUUUACCUCAUUACCACGUUCUUGCAUGUUUAAAGAUAUCAGGUAUCAUUUUCAGAUAUCAACUGCACCUGGACAAUUAAUUGUGAUAUCCCAUGUGACCUGUGAAGCCAGUAUUCCUUCCAUUAAUGAAAUUGUCAGUUUUACUCUAGGAAGGACCAGCACAGUUUAACACUUUGCAAACAUGGCAGGGUGGAACAAUCAAAUAUUAGAGGGCACAGCUUUAAGCCGGUGAGAGGGGGAAAGUUUAAAGGAGAUGUGCGGGGCAGAGGGUGGUGUGUGCCGGGGGAGAUAUGAUAGUGGUGUUUAAGAGAAUUUUGGAAAGGCAUAUGGGUAUGCAGGGAAUGGAGUGAUGUGUUGAUCUUUGCAUCAUGUUCGGCACAAACAUUGUGGGCUGAAGGGCCUGUUCUUGUGCUGUACUGUUCUAUGUUCUGCCUUUAUUCUGGCAUCCUUGUUCCAAUGCAUAGCACAGUACAGAUGACAAUGAAUGGAUUUCCAAAGACUGCAGCCUGCUCAGAAACUCAUCUUGCUGAAAAAUAAAUUCACUGCUGUGUUUACAUUUGAAUAACAAUGACGUUUGCUCAGAUUGCUGCUCAGUUAACUCAUGUAGCAUUGUGCAGGUUCUUCACCAUCACUGGGUCUGAGGCCAGGGACUCCCUCCCCAACAGCACGGUGAGAGCACCUUCACCACAGGACGGCACUCACCCUCACCUCCCCAAGGGGCAAGUCGGGAUGGGCAAGAAAUGCUGGCUCACCCAUAACAGCCAGAUCCCAAAAUAAGAAUUGAAAAUUAAACUCUUGAGAAUAAGUAUGUUUCUUUAUUUAGAAAAAAAAUGUGACUGCAGCAUUAGAAUAAAAGCAGAAAGGUACGGGUGUAGCUGUGUCAGGUAAUGUUUCUGUUGAAGGUGCAGUUUAGCCAUGGGUUUUGGCAUGAACUUGCAGCUUGUUGUGAAGGAUGUAGAUUGUGGGGCAUGUCCAGCUACAGCCCAACAGAGAGGGUGAAAUUCUCAUUGCGUCGCUCCAAAGUGUUUCCUCGUGCUGGGUCCAGAUGUCAGAGGAGGAGAUUGAAGAGAGAGGACAGGUUGAGCCUGGUGCAGCUCUGCGACAUUGCACAGUUCAAGUGGUCUCUGCCUCAUGUCCAGUGCAGUCAGGGCAAACAGGAAAGCAAAUAUCUGUCCAAAAUAGCCAGCGGUUGUGUGUGAACUUCCCAAACAAUAUGGUUUUACUGUGAAUGUAAAUGUGAAUCAUUUUUAUAUUUUCUGCUUUUCUAGAUUUUACACUAGAUUGAUAGAGUAAAUGUACUUUUUUAUACUUUGUUUUACGAGCAUAGAGUGUGCUUCGAUUGCUUUGUCUGAUGCACACAGUGGGAAUUCCCUCCUUUGGGAUCAAUCUUUUAUAAUGUUUUAUUGAUAUGUAAAGUUAAUACAGAUACAUUUGUAUGUUGUCUAUGAAAAUAAAAUUUGUGA